AAAUAUUUUUAUUCACAUUCCCCAUGACAAUAUUUCAUAUCUUCACUAUUAGCACAAUAAGCAUAAUCAUGUUUAGUUAUAAUAUUUCAAUUGAUUAAAUUACGAGUAUUAGUUUUAUAGACGUCAUAGUGGAAAAUAAAUUGUUGUGACUGGCGUUCCCCUCCUUUGUGAGGGCCCGGCUAGUUCACUAAGAGACGACUAAACUGUUAGCAUGCUUACAACCGCUUGAAAUUCAUCAUGUCUUCGAGCAUGAGCAGAUCUCGAGCCAGCCUCUCCCCGGCUGCAUCCGAAAGGUCAACGUUGCCAAUGGGUGCGUCGGCCGAGCCGGGGAGCCCCGAGUUCAAACCUCUAGAACCAACAAGAGAACAGCUGUUGUCCCACUUUUUUGAAAGAUUUAAAUUCUACACGUCACUGUGUCUGGGGACAUCGGCAAUUCUAGCUGUAUUUGCAUUCCUUUUUCUUAUCCCAUUUGUGGUAGAACCAGCAAUACAGACCAUACUAGCAGAAUUUGUUCCAGAAGCCGGGAUAUGUGCUGUUUCAGAACAUGUUCAUGCCGAAACACUGACCAACUGUAGUUGGGCAUCGUGUAGGGAAGGUUGUACAACUUCGCAUACUAAAUGUCACAAAAUCCGGGUAAACUUAACUAGAAGACCUUUUGUUGAAGGCGCAAAAGUGCCAACGGACUGGGAUGAAACUGAUCUAAGAUUUCUUAUUAAUCCUGAAGGCUGUGGUUAUCCUCCAAGAGUAAAUUGUUCAGUAUUUGCAAACGAUUACGCUGGACCAAAGGCACCAAAAAUAUUUCCUUGUUACUACAGUUUGACAAGACCUGAUUUGGUAGUAGCGAGAUAUUCAUGGGAGUCAACUGUCCGAGGACUAAUACUGGCCUUGGUAUUGCCCACGUCUGUCUUCGUCUUCAGUUUGAGCGUGCUCGCUUACUGGCAUUGUCGUUGCUGCGACAAGGCCUGCAAUAGGCGUGUUCACGCGGAAUCGUACGCUAGUAAAGAAGAUAGUAAACUACUGUGCGAGUUGGACGACGACCCGAGCGACGACGUAUUCUGACGCCCAGCCACUGCCCGCCGUCGUGCUUUUCUCCGUAAAGGUUACACGCAGCUUUAAAGGCAAUGCGUAGACGCCGCGCACCCCUAGCCAACGCUCUCUUAAUCUUAGGAUUGUUUGACUUGUAACAACUUCAUUUGAUAAUAUAUUUAUUAAAUUUAGUACCUAUAUACGUAAGGUCCAUGGUUAUCUAUCAAUAGUCCGAAAUUACAUUUUCCAGAAAUAACGUUUGCUUUAAUUUUCAUUACUUCGAAAGUAAUUUUGGGAGGAAAAUGUUUUUCUUUAAACCUAACUUAACCUAACCUAACCUAACCGAACCUAAUCGUAUCUUUGCGGUAAACGUCCAACCUAUCCUGAAAGAACAAUGGUUUCGUUAUAGUUCGGUUUUUGGUGUAUUGAAAAUUCGAACAAACGCUAUUUUGGAAAAAAAAAAAUCGAGUUUGUGAUAGAUUACCAAGGUCCAUAAUCAAACAAAGAAAAUCGUAGAAGAGCAGUAUUUAAGUAACCUAUUAUAAUGUUUAAUUAUUUAAGCUGAUGGGAUUGUGAAUAUCAAGAUAGCGUAACAUUAUUAGCUAUUGACACAUUGCUCUCACUUCUCUUUCGUAGAUAAUAAGC